AUGUUCCGCAAAGCCGCUCUCUUCUCAACCGUUUUCCUCGCGGUAUUGAGCUGCGCGACGCCCUUCGAGCGCCGCACGGGGACUUCGAUCGCUUUUGCCAAGCGCAGUGGUCUUACCACCGAAGAUGGCGUCUUCGACCAUGAAGCUGCUAUUCAAAGUGCAAUCAACACCCAUAAUAAGCACCGGCAGAAUAUGAUCAAUCUGCAGAACAACGAUCCUGACAGCAUGAAUGAGGGCGCCGAAGUCAAGCCGCUCCGACUGCACAAUGCGACGACGUCCCAUCACCAGAAGCGUCAGAAGGAACCAACAACCGACGAAGAGAGUGACCUAGAGUGGGCCGGAUACAUCUCCAUCGGUACUCCGGCGCAGAAGUUCUUGAUUGAUUUCGACACCGGCUCUUCCGACCUCUGGGUGCCAUCUUCGUCUUGCACGAGUUCCGUGUGCACAUCGAAGGACAAGUACACCGCCGGAUCGUCGUCGACUUCGGCACAGAAGUCGGGGACUUUUACGAUCAAUUACGGCGACGGUUCAUCCGUCUCUGGCCCCGUUUACACGGAUACUGUGGCCGUCGCUGGAAUCACGUCGACAGCACAGUACUUCUCGCCAGUGACGACGCUUUCGAGCAGCUUCUCUGGCGAUCCGAUCGAUGGCAUCCUUGGUAUGGCAUACCAGAGCAUCUCGAGUCUUCAGCGUCCCCCGUUCGUGAACCAAGCGAAGACCCAGGGCAAAAUCACGAGCUCCGUAUUCGGAAUGAAGCUUGCCAGCUCUGGCUCAGAGCUUUACAUCGGUGGAACGGACACAUCGCUGUACAAGGGCUCGCCCGAGUAUCACACGGUCACUGGGUCAGGCUACUGGCAGAUCUCGGGGGCGAAGACCUUGGUCAACAACAAGGUCGUCAACACCGGUUUCCAGACCAUUAUCGACAGCGGGACAACGAUCAUGUACGGCCCCCCGAGCGCAGUGCAGCAGUUCUACAAGUCCAUCUCAGGCUCAUCGGUAUAUGACUCGCAGAACGGUUACUACCAGUUCCCUUGUAACAAUAUCCCAACCGUAGCCUUCAGCUGGGGCGGCAAGAGCUGGACAGUCAGCGCUGCGAACUUCAACCUCGGAAAGGUUUCCAGCACGUCGAAGAACUGUGUCGGUGCUCUCGCCGGGCAAAACCUUGGUCUGGGGUCCAACGUCUGGCUGCUAGGCGACAGCUUCAUGAAGAACGUUUACACCGUCUUCUCCUUCGAUCAGAAUGCUGUCGGCUUUGCCACUCUCUCCUAGAGUAUCUUGAUCGUCGCCUGAACCGGUCUAGAAUUGUGUCGUGUCAGUAUUUGCGGAUGUAUGUACGCUAGGGUGCCACAUAGUAAAUGGAUUUCCUUACAUUGUUUA